GAGCCUACUUCUGACAGUGUUGUCACAAUGAAAAUCAUCCCCCAAAACUCCCCACCAGCAACACUUAAGAGAUUUAUUAUCCUGAGACUCAGAACGGUGGAGUCCCGCAGCAUGACCCGUGUUGACAUUUUUUAAAAACCGUUUUGGUUUAUAUUCGUCUUUGAAUGGCUUCUUUCCCCAUUUAGCUGCGAAAAGAUGAACCUUGAGGUAUGAAGAACAGAAUUGCACUGAAAAUUCACUUACUUUAUUCAUUUACCCUUGAAAUUCCCCCUACAAAUACUUGCGUGGCUCUUACAGAGUUCAUAAAAAUCAACUUAAAACACAACAGAACGCUUCGUCCAGCGGCAAUGAACAUAUUGUUUUAUUCUUAUUUUGGUUGUAAAUUGUAAUGGACUCGGAAUGUCCUUGAAGAAUUCUGCUGAGUUUUAAAGCAAAAAAAAAAAAAGACAAACAGAUUGCACCUGCACUUCACGCGUUCCUACACUCGGUCCUGAAAAACUCCAAAAUGCCGUGUUCGUCCCCAGGAUUUCGUAUUUCGAGACACAUUAGACACUUGUACGCUUCGUCUGCUAAGCACGAAACGUUUUGCCUUUGUCUUGAGCUGCUUGGCCGAACAACUGUGUUAUAAUGGCCUUUUUUUUUAAUGUGCCAUUUCUGAUGCCCUUAAAUCAUAAAUCCGAAAUGUUUGCUCGCUUGUGAACGGACCACUCCUCUUUUUGCGGUUGACAUUUUCACAGGCAAUGCACGUCCAUUAUUGCGCCCAUACGUAAACACAUAAGAGAAGGGCGUAUCUCCCUCCUCCUCGCUUCCUGACAUGAUAUACACCAGCGGGGCAUAAGUGCCGCGACACUUAACGUAGUGAUUUAUUUAAAUUCCCACACGUCCACGAAGAAGAAGAAGAAGACGACGAAGGAGAAGAAGAAGAAGGAGAAGGGAUGGAGCCCAACCAGGAGAGGUCUCCACCUCCCCUUCUGACGUCAUGCGCCAAAGCCGGAGCUCUUGCACGACUGGAUCAGCUCACGACGGCUCUGCUGUUACUGUCUCUCUCGAUGCACACUGCCAGGACUGUUCGUGGAGUGUGCAAAGGAGGGACUAGGCGAGCCGGACGGGAAUAACGCUUCGGAUUUGGAUACACACUGGAAAACAACCAAGCCAGCGAGCGAGCGCGACCACCCUGCCUUGUCUGGCUUUUUUCCCCCCCUUCCUUCUUUGCAUACAUCGCUUUCGCCCGUCGAACCCGUCACUUGAGGUCGGAUUGCGGCGAGAAUGGAGCUCCCUGCCGCCGGGGAGCACGUCUUUGCGGUGGAGGGCAUCGAAAAGAAGCGCAUUCGCAAGGGGAAGAUUGAGUACCUGGUCAAGUGGCGGGGCUGGUCACCUAAAUACAACACUUGGGAGCCAGAGGAAAACAUCCUUGACCCGCGCCUCCUGGUUGCGUUUCAAUACAGGGAGAGGCAGGAACAGCUGAUGGGAUAUCGCAAACGGGGGCCCAAACCAAAACAUCUUCUACUGCAGGUUCCCUCAUUUGCCCGGAGGUCAAGUAUCCCCGCGGGCUUAGAGGACGCCUCCGCGGACGCAGACGACAGCCCCAAGUCGGACGCCGUCCCGGUGCAGCGUUCCCAACCUCAGCAGUACCAGCUGAACAGCAAGAAGCACCACCAGUACCAGCCCAGCAGCCAGGAGGUGCCCGUCGAGCAGCUGGCCAACAGCAAGAAGAAGUACAUCUAUCAGCUCAACAGCAAGAAGCACCACCACUACGAGCCCGACCCGAAUAUGUACGACGCUCAGGCUUCAAAGCUUAAGAAGGUGGUCAAAGUUCAGGAAGCAGCCAGUAAACCUGCCAACCCCGGCUGGAAUCUGCCUCUGGCGCUGCAGCAGAAAUGGGUGCGUGACAAAGACACGGGCUGCUUGAGUAAAGUCAAAGAGCAGGCGGUGGAGGGAAGGAAAGCAGCCCCCAAAGACGCCGAAAGCGAACAAGCUCUUAAGGCUGAUCCUAAAGACGCCACCCUCCCGAGCUCCGUCGGCAGCAAAAUGAAGAUCAUCAAGAACAAAAACAAGAACGGACGCAUCGUGAUCGUCAUGAGCAAGUACAUGGACGGUAAUAAGGUUCACGGAGCAAAGGGCAAACACGGGGAAUCGUCGAGCGGGGGGGAGAAAACGCCAAACGGCCUGGCGUCGCCGAGCAAUCCCGCGCACAGAACCAAAAUGGCGGAGAACGGUCUUCCCAAAGAGAUUUGUGGCAGCAGUUCCCUCCCCGCCGCCGAUCACCCCCAAAAGUGCUCCCCGAAGGACAGACAUUUCUUCAAGCCUUCGCCCAGCACGGCCGAGGAAUACAACACGGAGGUCGCUCGAGGUCAGGCCGACUUACCCGAUGAUCUCCCGCUGCAGCUGACCGCCAGCUCGCCCCCGACGUCUUGGCCGGCCGACGGCAACAUCCCGACGUCGACGAUUAUAGAGCACAUCAGGAUUCCGUCCUACCCCAGCAGCCGGAAGAGAAAACUCGCCGAGCCGGCGGAUGAGCGCAGGGUUUCCAAGACUUUGUUAGCCACCAGAAGCCUCGGCGUUUCCGGCACUGUGCUCAGUCCGCCUCAGGACAAGCCCAUGGACCUCCACUGCACCGGACGUAUCGCCGCGUACGAUGCGGCGGACCGCGGUGGCGGCCAGGAGGAGCCCAUGGACCUGAGUUGCCCGAAGACAAAGCGGCAGACUGAGCCGGAGACCCGAGCUGAACCCGCCCCCCGACCCGAGCCGCAGCCUGAACUUGACCCCCAACCCGAACGCGCUCCCCGACUCGAACCCCAAACCGAAACCGCUGCGCAACCUGAACCCUCACCACCCACGCCCGCCGCCCCCGUGGCAAGCGAGGACACGCCGCAGAAGACUAAAGCGGCUCUUGCGAAAAAAAUCUCUCCUUUUAUGGGGAAUAUCAUCAUCACUGAUGUCACAACAAACAGUCUCACCGUAACCUUCAAGGAGUACGUUUCUUUCUAAGCAAGCGAAUGACUGACCGAUUCUGUCCAUAUGUGCAUACUGUAAAAAAAAAAACAAAAAAAACAAACAAACAAAAAAUAACCAACGGAGAUUUUGUACAUAUGCAAAGUUCUAAUUUAUAAUUCAAAUUGAAUAUGUUUCAUACAACGUUUUAUACCAUAACUUUGAAACGUAGCCAAGCAAGUGCCCUCGAGGAUUUGAGUGAAUACAUUCAAUGGGAUGUAUUAAACUCCAAAAAAAAAAAAAAAAGAAGUCUACAAAUAUAUUCCAUUGUUCCAUACCUGUAUCAAACUUGUAAUCUCAGAUGUAUGAAGGUAUAUCUGUAUUUUGUAUCGAUUAGAUGGAUUAUUUGGGGUCCUGGUGAGUGUUAGGGAGGAACUUGUGAUGUCGAUAGAGAUCUCAGAUCAAACUGAAAGCAAUUCUUUUUUAUCCACCUGUCAGUUAUGGUCAUUUGCCUUCAUUAUUUGGGACAAAGCUACGCUCUCUUUUAGGUCGUUUUCGAUUCAGUGAUGUGCAAUCGAUUCAUCGUUCUGGUUUUGGUUGAUCGCGCGCAAAUGCUGGUUGAUUCGUGGCGUCUCGAAGCAAUGAAUUGAUCGUUUGUCAAGCAAACGGGAGUGUGCCUCGUUGUUGCGCGUUCGAGAUCGGCACGCUUGACAUCGUGCCACGUCGACGUGACGCGGACGUACGCAAAUUCAGGCGGGCGCCGUUCUGAAAAAUGUGAAACACCGAAUUCGCGUCGUUCUGCUCAGUUCUUUGUGCCGGGCUUUACGUGAUCUGAAAAGGCGCGUGACUGCUGGUUUGUUCGCCGGUCGCUCCUUCCCCGUGAAAUGUGACUCAUCGAAGCGUUGGUAUAUGGACAGUUGAACAUAGUCUAGCUAGGGGGGGGUCUCAAACUCGGGUCCUCGAGGGCCGCCUUCCUGCAUCUCUUCCGUCUCUCCCUCGAGGACCGGAAUGUGACACUUCUCGUGAGCGCUAGCUGAUUUGUUUCUGCUGCUUAGAAUGCAAAUGUCGAAUCUGUUGGAUGUAAAGCGGGACUCCUCUUCUAUACGCACACCGAAUGCAAAACCCAGUCUAAGAAUGCUAAAAUCCUACAAGAAUGCACCGGAAGCGAGCGUAUUUAUUGAAUCCGUCGCAGAAGAAGCUGCAAGUGAUCUUUGAACAAAUGUUUCAAAUGUGCUAACGUUGGUUUUCUCUGUCUUUUUUUUUUUGUUUGUUUUGUUUUGUCGGGCUUUUAUUUGUUUAGCCUCUCUUGCACUUGGUUACAAGGAUUGUCAUCAAAGUUGGCGAGGGAGUCAGUUGGCUCACUGCUGUCGGCACACUUUGACAAUAAAGAAAGCAAAGUUACGAGUAA